CACUGCGCUGCGUGCGUCAAAGAGAAAUGUCAUAAAAAGUCAUUUUCGCGAGGUUUCCAAGGGCGAAAUGUUAUGUUUUGAUUUUUGAUUCAAUAAUUGUUGCUGUUGUGAUUGAUAUAAUGGGAUUUACUUGUCAUUUUUAUUAGUGCAGUGUUUGAAGUGAAGUGGUGAAGAUGAGGGUGUUGUUGUUAAUAUGUUUGAUUGGAUCCCUUUGUGGUGAUCAGGUGGACAAAGAUUCGAAGGAAAUUACGGAGUUAUCGCGUGCGAUCGACGACCGGCCGCUGUUGUUUGCCACGUUAGGAGGCGGCAUGGUGGCUGUGGACCCCAUAACAGGAAAUAUCAUAUGGAAGUUGAAAGACGAACCCGUAGUAAAAGUCCCCAAUCAGCAUGCCAACUUGAUGCCCCAAUUCUUGCCGGACCCUCGCCAUGGGUUCCUGUACAUGUACGGGCCGAGGGGUGACCAGCAGAUGUUGAAGAAGCUACCGUUCACCAUCCCCGAGCUGGUAGCCAACGCGCCAUGCCGGUCCACUGAUGGUAUCUUGUAUACAGGCAAGAAGAGUGACACGUGGUUCAUGUUGGAUCCUUUGACGGGGACUAGAGAACAUGUUUCAGGGUUUGACAAGUCGACAAUUUUCAAAAACGAAGCAGACCAAACGUGCGAUCCUGACAAAAAGCGCGGCAUCUAUGUAGCACGUACCGAGUACAACAUCCUGAUGCACGAUUCCAAGAAUGACAACCAUAAGUGGAAUGUCACUUUCUUCGACUACACCUCCCAUGCCAUGGGGAAGGAGAUGCUGAAUGAUUAUGGAGUAAUCCAUUUCACAUCGACAUCAAGCGGUCGCGUAAUGUCGUUCGACCGUAAGACCGGAGACCUGGUCUGGUCACAUAAUCUGGAGACUCCAGUAGUGGCAGCGUACCUACUGGAUAGGGAUGGACUCAUAUCCGUACCAUUCAACUCUAUUGGAGAUGACACGUUGGACCAUAUCAUGGAAGACGCUUCUACAGUCAGAAAUGGACAGGGGAUUAAGAAUUCUAAUAUCGAGUUGUACCCAACUUUGUACGUCGGCGAGCACAACCACGGCCUCUACGCAUUAUCCUCUCUCGUAGACAAGAACACGAUAACGAUAUCAACAGGACACGCUCAGCCCUUGCUCAUCGAAGGUCCCGCUACGGAGAAACUCGUCGACUCCGACCAGAGAUAUGAACCUUACAAAAAUGUUCAUUACAAACUCAACGACCUAAACCUUCACGUAUCAGCACCAUAUUUGCUACUAGGACAUUAUAAAGUCCCAGAACUGACAACUACAUGGUUGCCAAAACUUCCAAACUCGAAUUUCUUAAACCUAAAAGACUCCCAGAAUGACGCUCUAAAACUAAUCAACGGACAAGUGCAUACAGAAGGGAACAAUGAUGGCGAAAAUGAAACUAAUUUAAAGUCAAAUUCAAUCUCAGUGUCGGUUCAAACUGAUGAUUUUUUCGAAGGGUUCAACUUUAGACCUGAUUUGUGGUACAAGAAGGGAUAUAUUUGGCUGCAUCAGCAAGAGAAUAAGGCGUUGAAAGUGGCGCUCAUAAUACUCUGUGGGCUUGUCGUCACCAUGUUUUGGUAUCUUCGGUACCAGGCUAGAGAAUUCCAACAGCUGUCACAGGGAGGAUCCCGAGGGUCGAACGUGUCGACAUCAUCUCACGGGGAAGUGACAGGCCAGCUGGAAGAGAUAGGGGAUGGAGAAGUGCGCAUCGGGAAGAUCAGCUUCAAUACUGAUCAGGUGCUCGGCAAGGGGUGCGAAGGCACCUUUGUUUAUAGAGGUAUGUUCGACAAGCGAGCGGUAGCGGUAAAACGACUACUGCCCGAAUGUUUUACCUUCGCCGACCGAGAGGUGGCGCUGCUACGGGAGUCCGAUGCUCAUGCGCACGUCGUCAGGUAUUACUGUACGGAAAGAGAUAAACAGUUUAGGUACAUAGCCUUAGAGCUGUGUUCUGCAACGCUACAAGACUAUGUAGAGAAGAAGUUAAACUUCGAGUGUAAGAUAGACGCCGUAGAGGUACUUCGACAGGCUACCAUGGGCUUGUCACAUCUGCAUUCCAUGGAUAUUGUACAUAGAGACAUAAAACCGCACAACGUUCUUCUGUCAAUGCCCUCGGGGACGGGCGAGGUUCGCGCCAUGAUCUCGGACUUCGGUCUCUCCAAGAAGUUGAAUAUCGGUCGCGUGAGCUUCUCUCGCCGCUCUGGUGUGACUGGCACGGAUGGUUGGAUUGCGCCUGAGAUGAUCAAUGGCGAGAGGACGACAACUUCAGUGGAUAUAUUUUCUUUGGGCUGCGUGUUCUACUAUGUGUUGUCGAAAGGCCUCCAUCCUUUUGGAGACGUAUUGAGGCGACAGGCUAACAUACUCACUGGGGAGUAUAGUUUAGAUCAACUCGACAAAGUGUUGCCAGAAGAAGAGGUGGUGGUGACAAAGAUGCUCAUCCGCGCGAUGUUACACGCGAGGCCGGCGCAGCGCCCGCCAUGCCAGACCGUGCUCAAGUACCCCAUGUUCUGGGGCAAGCAGAGCAUACUCAAUUUUUUGCAGGACGUAAGCGACCAAGUGGAAAGCUGCGGCAUUGAAGGCGUGGCGCACCCGCUGGAGCGCGGCGUGCGGCGCGUGGUGCGCGGCGACUGGCGCGCGCACGUGUGCGGCCGCGUGGCCGGCGACCUGCGCGCGCGCCGCACCUACCGCGGGGACCGCGCCGCGCACCUGCUGCGCGCCAUACGGAACAAGAAACAUCACUACAGAGAACUAGAAGCUGAAGUCAGAGACAGUUUAGGAAAGUUACCUGACGGCUUCAUAACCUACUGGCUGCGGAGGUUCCCUCUACUCCUCCCACACGUUUGGUUGCAAAUGCAAGAGUUCCGCAACGAAGACAUUCUCCAAGCGUACUAUCCUCACAACUUCACGUUCAAUAGAGAAGAUGUCAUAGAGCUAUGUGAUGAUACGUACGAAGACGAGGUACCUAUUGAACAAUGCGAUCCGGAGAGGAAUGAGCUGUUUGUCAAGAGCAAAGUCUUCGUUGAUGAAAAUGAAUUUAGGUUCAGAAACGGUUCGCCUCGAAAGCGAAACGACUGGAGGAGCGAAGCGCAAGACUACAGAUCCAAACAAGACGACGUCAGAUUACGAGACCGACACUACAAGAAGAAGGAGAAGAAACGAGAAGAGAUCCCAGUGUGGACUCUUCCUAUGCAGUAGAGAUACCUACACACAUUACAUUACGCCUGUAAUCCCUUUCGGGAUGGGCAGUGUUACAAGUCGUCCGAAGACUAGGUCAGUUAUUGCCGUCUUAAGAUGGAGGUGAUAAAUUAUAUAGCGACAGGUUGUCAAACCAAUGUCUAGAAAAAGUAUAUCUAUCACGUAAAUGCAUGUGUUAUCGCAAUCAAUUUCAGUGACAGCCCGGGAUGAUAUGCAGCAUGAAGUAUUUAAGUCGGAAGCCCGGAAACCUUCAAGCAACCCCAUGUACCCCUAAGGGUACGCGACCUCUUUAUGAACCACUGACAUAGAGCAUAUUAUGACACGCCACUGCGGGUUAGUGCAUGUUUAAAUUGAAUCGUAUGUUGGGAGGAUUAAUCAUGACAAGUACCCGCGUAUUAAUAGAAGUGCGUUUAUUUAAUUAAAUUGAAGUAUAAAUCAAUAUCUGCCAAUUUGGGAAAUUAUUGUCUCAAUUUUAUUAUCUAAGUCGUUCGCGAACUUUCUAUUAAGUAAUCAGUGUCUAAUAGUCUGAUUGCGAACACUGUAACGCCCCUUGGGUAGAGAGAGACAGCACGAGUUAUAAUAAUGCUCACGAUAGAGACAGACAGAGUGGAGUGGAGCAUCCCGACCUCCUCCCGAUAGGCGUGUUAUAGCGCGAGCGAUCAGUCUGUAGUACCAAGUGAAGUGGCUAUUAAAUGUGGGAACAGAACUUCGUUCCUGCACUCAAUAUGCUAUAAGUGCGACAGAGAAAGCAACGCGUUCCUGCUCACACGUAUUAACGCCUCGCGUGAGUCUUUGACAUAAUUGUAAUGGUUAUGUGUCGAUAAUUCAGCACUGCAUGCGAAUUGUUAAAAUGUUGUGGACGUCAAAGCACAAAGCGCACACACGUCGUAUUGUGAUUUUAUUUAUUGUUGAGAAUUUACUAGUUUUAAGCGAGAUUGUGUAUAAGUCGUGUUACUUGGAUCUCUAAAGUGACUUAGCUUAAGGUUCGUUUUAACUAUGCCAUCCGAUACGAGGCGUAAUGUGGGUAUCAUAGUUAUACAUAAUUCGAUUUUCGUACGCCGUAGUUUUGCAGUAUAGUUAUGUUCAUUGCAAUAGGGACCAAAAUGGGUUAUGUUUAUACAUCUCUAAUGUGUUUUAAAAUGGUUUAAGCAUUUAUAGCUCAAACGAUUCAGUUAGAAUGAAAUUGAUCAGAAAUUAACAAUUUAGUAUUUAUUGAAUAUAGUUCGUUAAACGUUAGUUGUAGUAAUCUUACAAUGAUGUAUUAUUAAAGAAAAAUUCUAAUCAAAACUACCAAACUUAAUACUUUUUAUUGGAAUUAAGGCUAUGUAUUUACUUAUUUUACUGUAACAUUCCCUUGGUUGAGAGAGUAACUACUAUUUGACUCCAAAGGAAAAAAAAAUGUGUUUUUUUUUUAAUUUUAUGACAAUGUUUUAUAGCGAAAUGUUGGUAAAUUGUCCCACACAUUGGAUAAUGCAAUUUUUAUGGCCUCGAGUUCAUUAUUGGUCUGGGAACAUUCCAGUUUUUUUUUUAAUAUUUAAGGUUUUCUAUCAAUGUUUGUUGGUGCUAUGUGAACGUUAGAAAUGAGUGCAAACGUAAGUAGUUGAAAUAAGCGGAAUAUUUUCAGUAGGAGUAAGAGAAAAGUGAAAUAUCACAACUACUUUAAAGGCAUGUUCCUGUUACUUAUGUAAUGUAAUUGUAUAUAAUUCUGUGCAAUCCUGUACUAACUUACUUUGUCCGGCCAAGUAGUUAAUGCCAUAAUAUGCGGUAAAUCUACAAUACAUCAUGGUAUAGAAAACCAGGUAUGCUCAAAAGUGACAGCUAACAUUUCAAGGUUAGCCCAGCUGACGUCAUCCCUCCUGCGUUGCCAUUUCGUAAAAAUUAAAUUACCCACGACUAAUGUUUUUAUUAUUUUGCAAGGAAAUUUUGAACGUUUAAUAAAAUAUUAACUUAGUUUUUAAUGAUUUUUAUAAAUGUGACAAAGUAAUAGUAAUUAAAUAUUUCAAUCAGGAAUUCACUUAAUUAUCAAUAAUAAAAUUUACGUUAUUGGAAUGUUGGAGAUACCAAUUUAAUGUUAACACAGUGGUACCACUUACGUCUUCAAAGGGCAAUGGCGGCUUGUCAUAGGAUUGAUCAUACCUGGUUUUCUUAUACCAUGCAAUACGUCACGUUAAAAAUAAAGGCCAAAAUCUACCGGGUGACAGCCCUCAGCGCUCCUCAUUUGUCCGACCAAGUAGUUAAUGCCAAAUGCGGCAAAUCUACAGUA